GUCCUGCCCCUCACAAACCAAAAACACACAGCAAACUGUACACUCUUUCAUAUGGACCAGAGAAUCCACACAAACUACUAAACAUGUCCAAAAGAGGACCUCACAAUGUUCAAAUUUGCCAAAGACAGCGUUCUAACAGCAACUUCAGUGAGCCAAAUCUAAGUAUAAGACCAACUCAAGGAUCAUUUGGUGGUAAACAAUCGACAGCAAACCCCGCACCAAAUGACCUGAGACUGGUUCUGCUGGGCAAAACAGGUGCAGGGAAAAGUGCUACAGGAAACACCAUCUUGGGAGAUGGGCAACGUUUUGAUGCUCAAUUGAGCAUGAGUUCAGUGACAAAAGAGUGCAAGCGAGAAUGUGGAACACUGGGAAGACGAAACCUUGCACUUGUAGACACUCCCGGCCUGUUUGACACAGAUCUAACACUGGAGGAUGUACAGCAGGAACUAGUACAUUGUCUGACUUUGUGUUCACCUGGCCCUCAUGCGUUUCUGCUGGUUAUACCAAUUGAACGCUACACGGAGGAGCAGCAACGCACGGUGGACUUGAUUCUGGAGAUGUUUACCGAGGACAUCACCCGUCACACCAUCAUUAUAUUCUCACAUGCUGAUAAACUUGGAGCGACCUCCAUUGAGGACUUCCUAUCAAGACAAAACAGAAAGAUCCAAGAACUCGUGGAAAGAUUUGGGAGGCGUUUUGUGGCCUUUAACAACACAGACCUUUCAAACCGAGGUCAGGUCACUCGACUCCUGGAGAAGGUGGAUGAGUUGCUGGUGCAGAAUGAGAACCAACACUUCACCAGUCAGAUUUCACAAGUUGUGCUGGAAGCCCAGAGGAUAAUAGAGGAGAAAAGAGAAGCUGCCAUGACUGAAAAAAUUAACAAAAUGAAAGCUGAGGUACAGAAAUUGGCUGAUGCUCGUUGGGGUAUGUUUACUGCAGCUAUGAAAGAAGAGAGGAAAGAAACAGAAAUAAAAAGGAAGCGUGUGCAAGACAGGAUUGAUCAGAUAAAGAUGGACAUAAAAAAGGAAGAACAGCAUGUGAGACCAAUUCAAGCAAGACUGACGCGGUUCAGAGCAGCUCUGGAGUGGGAGCUGGUGAUCCUUCGAAGGCUUGAAGAAAAAGCGAUAGAAGAGGAGAGAGAGAGAAUGGAAAGAGAAACAAAAGAAAAGUCGGACCUGAAUAUAUGGAUACAAGAAGAAGUGCAGAGGAGAGAGAGUGAAGAGAGGGAGAAGAAUGACACAUUUUUCAACCCCAAAAUGAUCACUAUGCUUACCAUGUUUUUGCUGGGGCUUGGAGCCGGAUUUGCGCCCGCACUCUUGGCGUUUCUGUUCCCUGCUGCUCCAGUAGUGGAAGCUGGACUGUCAGUUCAGUAUUUAGCCAGCUUGCUGGGCUGGGGAGCUGCAGAGGGGGGAUUAGGAACUCUCAGUUGGACUGCCGUUGGACUCGCUGUGAAAACAGCAUCUAUUAAGUUGGCAAUGACCCGCUGCACAAUUCAAUAAUCCAUUUUUGAUUGAAGUCACACAUGCUAAAUUAGGGGGUGCUACAACUAAAAAGAAUAAUUCUGCAAAUGAUUGAUCAAUAGAAAGUUGAAAUUUGGCAUGCAUGUACGUUAGCUAAAACGCUAACAUAUCCUGAAAUUGAAUCUAUGCACGGUCACUUCCGCGUUUUGCCUCAGGGGGCAUACUUCCAGCGCAGUGCCAGAAACGUUUUCUUUCUACACUGAUUAAUGCUGACGAGACGACUCGGGGGGGAAAUUACUUUUCACAAGUUUCUGAGAGAUUUGUCGUGUGUGUGCAGGGAUCUGCUGAACUGAAGAGAACACUGAUGAUGGACGAAUACUUAUAAUACUUUUUUAUUUUAUUUGCAAAAAUAAACAAUGACGCAGUAAUUUGACACAAUAAAUGUAGAUUAAAUUGUGUGGUAAAACUUUACAAUAAGGCUCCAUUCGUUAACGUGCAUUAAUGAAUUGGGUAUCAUGAUCAAACAAUUAACAAUAUAUUUUUACAGUAUUUAUUCAUCUUUGUUAAUAUUAGUUCAUAAAAAUAUAAUUGUUCAUUGUUAGUUCACGUUAUUUCAUAGUGUUAACAUACUGUAUACAACUUUUGAUUUUUAAAAUCUAUUAGUAUGUUGAAAUUAACAUGAACCUGGAUUAAUGAGUGCUGUAAAAGUACGAUACGGUUACCGGAAGUUUGUCAGCCCCCUGAGAUUUGACCGGAAAUACAUAGGUUAUGUUCCAUGCAUAGAGUCCAUUAUCUAUCAGAUGACAAAUCAAAUCAAAUAAAUUAUCACCAACAAUCAAAAUUCAGCAGCUAAAUAUUUCAAUUAUGAAUUCUCCUGAAUCAAGAUAUAACAAGAUUUAUUUCACAAGAAAAUGCUUUGAUAAAAUAUGAAUAUAUAUAUAUAUAUACAGUACUACUAUAAACUAAUGUACUACUAUAUACACUACAUAUAAAAAAAAUUGUCAUUGCACUGCUACAUGUUUAAUCCAGAAGCAAUCCAAUGUAUUUGUUAAUUUAGCUAAAUGUAUUCUCUGUUGUCUACUCAUCCUAAUUAAAAGAACACAUAUCAUAUCGACAGGCUUGUACAAUAAAACUGAUGUCCCAUCAUUAUAUAUAGCCGCAGGAGAAUGAAAAACUAGUUAAAUAAAGUAUUAAUUACACACUUAAUGUGUGGCUGUCACUUCAUUUUGUUGCAUCGGUGCUGAAAAUGCUUCUCAGCUUUGCCAGUGUGAGAAAAAGAGAGAAAUACAUUUGAAAUUGCCAAACGGGUCCAUUCUUUCCGACUAAAAUCACUUGAACGCACAUGACAUCGUAUGUACGAUCUUCCCAGGAGGACUUGAAAGCAGGGGCGGAGCCAACAGUUUUUCACAGAAGUGGCCGGACAGGGGCUAGCGAUCAGUCUGUGGUGGCACAGAAGUUCUCAGGCAGCAUUUUCGUAUCGUCGGGCGGAUGUGGGGGGUGGGGUGCGCAUGGAAAGCGGAGGCGCGUGGAUAGAAAAACAGAGGGGAGUGGAUACAGUGGCACCCGGGACGGAGAG